AUGUCUAUACCACCACUCGUUUGUAGUACUCCUCCACCACCCGACCAGUGUGAAGACGAUAAAGAUCCCGGAGACUUUGAUUUGUCAUAUAGUCUAUCACAAGAAGAUGAUGAUGAUGAUGAAAAUAAUGUUUAUUAUGGAAACUUUUCUUCAUACAAUACUUUUCAAAGAACUCCUGAUAACAAACCACUUGAGAUCCAAGAACAAGAGGUAACAAAAAAUGACAGUAAUGAGACUCAAAAAGAAGUUAUUUUAACAUAUGAUAGUGAAAAAGAAAGUGAAACCAGUAAAGUUGUACAUAAUGUGUUUGGGACUAAUGAUAUAAAUGAAAAUAAAUUAAAAUGUGAUGAAGAUAUGAAUAUUGAAGAUUUAAACUUAAAAGUUGAUGAAGAAAUUGAAAGUAUUAUUGAAAAUAACAGUAUACAGAUUGAUACUAGUGAACCAAAUAUAGUUAUUGUGAAAAACUUUGACAUUCCAAGUAGUUCUAAUAAUGACAGUCCAAUUUGUGAUAAUGUUAGUUUGUCAGCUUUUGAUGACAAUCCAAUAGAUACAACAUAUCCAUUGAAAGAACUGAAUAGUGAUGCAGAUAAUAAUUUACAAGAUAAUGUUAUAAGUUCGGAAAAUGAUUCAGACAAGACUCAGAAACUUGAAGAAAUUGAGAUAACAUCUGAUCCUAACUUACAAGCUUUUGAUGAGUCUAGUAACUUUACUGAAACAAAACCUAAAGAAAAUAUUGUUAGUGAUGAUUUCAGUGAUUUUGGUGAUUUCGAUGACUUUCAAUCUGUGAACUCUAACAUUAAUGUUUCCAACAUUGUAGAAAGAAGUGAUAACCCUUGGGUAAAUGAUGAUUCUAAUGAAUUUGAAUUUGGCAAUUUUGCUGUCAACUUUGAAGAUAAAUUUAAUACAGUGGAUAAUGUAACUUUAAAGAGUGAAUCUGUGUCAAACAACAUAGAUCAACUAAGUAGUGAAAUUAAAGAAAUAGAUAAUCAGUCGGAGGAUGAUGAUUUUGGUGAUUUUGAUGAUUUUAAAUCAUCGACAACAAAAACUGAAGCCAAUGAAGUGGAAGAUCCUUCUUAUUGUCAUCAUGAACUAUCAGUACUAAAUUUACAAUCUGCUGAAAAUGAACAUCAAAUAUUGGAAAGUAUUACAAAUGUAGUGAGUUCUGUGUUUUUAGAAGAAAUAACUGAACCUCAAAGUGAAUUUGAAGGGAAACUGGAAUCCUUAUUAAGUGAAACAUGGGGUCAUUUAAUGGAAACAGAUGAAAGACAACCAUAUAUUGUGCAUUGGAACAACUCUUUGGGACAGAAAACACUUUUAAAAGCAUUAUGUAUUGAUUCAAGAAACAUUUUGUUUGGUCCGAAAUGGAGUAGCAACAUGCCUAAAUACGCAGCAAACUUGAGCAAUGCACCUCUUCAACCACAGAAACAAGCCUCUGAUUCUUCAACUGUCACACAAAACGAAAUAGUUGCUGAGAAACCUUUGAGCAAACCUACAAUAUGGAAUGACUCUUUCACUGAAGGACAAGAAUCUUGUAACACAGAAAAUGUUAGUGCCACAAUAACAUCGGGAUCUACAGACCUAGACGUGUUUGAAUCUUCGGCAGCUACAAAAGCAGACAAGAUUUACUCCAAUACAAUAGGAGUUCAACCGCUACGACAGAUAAACCUGCCUGAUACACAUAUUUUUACUCCUACCGACUCGGAAGUACCUAGAUCUAAAACGAUACAUUAUGAUCAUGCCCCAGCCGUUCUUUUACCCCAGACCGCGCCAGACACCAUAAAUGAAAAACAUGUAAUAAAGACUCCAAAUAUUAAAAGCACGUUGGAAAAUAACGUAGAUGACAGUGAAUACUGGGAAUUCCAAAAUUUCAAAAGCAAUUCUGAUAAAAGCGAACAAGUCCUACCACAGGAAAAUAACCUUAAAACUGCAAAGAUAGUCAACACUCUCCCUAAACCCAAUAUGGCAUAUCAGACAGAAUUAUUACAACCCAUCAAAGUGGAAUCUACAAUGCCUUCACUAAACUGGCCUGAUCCUGGCGAAGUCAAAGAAGCAUUUGACGAUUUUUCUGAUUUUGUAUCAUCAUCACAAUCCACUACAGAAAAACAAGACAGUCAUUCAAUACAGUCGUUGAAGCCUCGAUUAGAGCAGAUGAACAUAAACAAAUUAGAUAGUUUCAGUGUUCAUACAGACAAAACUAAUGUGGUUUCAGAAUUUACGAACCCUGAUAUUAAUGCCUUAGAUGACGACUUUGACACCUUUCAAUCAGCACAACCUUCUAAUAGCACAAGUAAGGUAUUCAAGAGAAGCUUUUCAGAGAACCCCACCAACCAAACACCAAUAAGUCACAUCACUGAAUUUGAUAAAGCGUCACCAAAAUUUGACAGUACGAAGUCUGAAAGCAUAUCAUUUGGAAGCACAUCCAGACCAACUGAAGCUUUAACUCAAAAUUUAAGUUUUAUCCCCAACAAAACAGAGCAAAGCCCUAAGAGUUUACUAUCAUUAAGUAGUCAAAUGCAAACUAAUCUCUUACAGCCCACUCCAGCAAGUUUUAGUGCAGUAAAUUUACAAAAUCAACAAAAGUCAACACAAAUUUUACAACCUUUAUCGUUAGAAAGUUAUUCACAAAUUAACUGGCCUAGUCCCGGUAUAGACUUACAGGACCUCUCACGAUUUAAUCCUGUCGAAACUUUACAUUCGUUGAAAAGUGACUUAAGUGUGAGUGGUCUGAAUAAAGCAGCAUCGCCUAUUCACACUGCCAAAAAUACGAUGGUGAAUCAAGGAGCAGACGACGAUGUUUGGGGCGAAUUUGUCUCAAGUAAGCCUAAACAACAACAGGCUCAGCCUAAGAAACCUUCCGUUUUCGUAGACGAUGACGAGUGGACCGACUUUAUAUCGAGCCCAAGUGUUAAACCCGUUAAUGGCUUGAAUACAAUAAGUUUAAAUGUACAUACAAAUUCAAAUAUACAGAAAUCUGUACAGAAUAGAUAUGCGAAGAAAGGUAACCAACCACCUCUAGAUAUUCCAACAUUAAAUUACAUAACACCCAAAUCUAACCCUCACAUGUCAUAUAAUGAUAAACAUUUCCAAAAUUUAUAA